UUUAUUUUUUACUAUCUCUGUUAAUUUGAUUUAAUAUAAAAUAUGACAUUUUGUCAUUAAACUUUAUGCUCUGGUUUAUGCAUAUUAGUUAAAAGUUGUUAAUUUUGUUUUGUAGUGGUUUAGUAGAAAGUACUUGUGAAAAUAGUGCUAAAAGUUUGUUUUUAAAGUAAGUUUAUAGAUAGUGGGUAGUUUACUGCUUAGUUUUAUUUUUAUUCAAAGUUAUUGCUUAUUAAACAGAAAUAAAGAAGUUUUUAAACUAUUUUCAAUUCUGAGUCAAAAUUUUCAAUAAUUUGACUUAAUUUUAUAUUAGAUUUGAAAAUAAGAAAGUUUGUCCUUUUUGUCAUGAGUCAAAAGUAAAAUUAACAGAUCAUGUAAACCGAGUACAUAAACGUCCAAUUGAAAUUAGCAAAAGUGUUGUUGGUUUAUAUAACUUGAGAAAGGUUUGUGAAAAAAAAAGAACUAAAUUAAAAUGUAAAAAUUACCAUACAAAAAAAAUGUGCCCUAUACCAAAUUGUUUCAAAAUAACAAAAAAUGUUGGAGAACACUUAAAAGGUAAAAUGCAUAAUUUAAAACCUGGCCCUGAAUAUUAUAUGCUUCUAAAAAGUGCUAAGAGUUACAAAUUACAAGAUCCUUCUGAGUCACCAAGUAAAAUUAAAGAAAAAUACAAAUCAUUUUCUCCUGCAACUAUAUCAACUGUUACAAAAGAUCAGCUACAAGUGGACUUUAAUAUUCAAACUCAAAUAGCUACUGAUCCAUUUGAAAGAGAAGAAUUAAUAAAGUCUGACUCAAAAGAAGAAGAAUUAAGAAAGUCUGAUCAAGUUUUAAGCAGCCAUUUAUCUACUGAAUCUACUGAACCAUCAGUUGUUGAUUUUGUUACUUUUAAUAAUAAAAAUGAAAUUGGUGAUAUUCAAAGUGAUGCUUUUGAUGAAGAUGAUAAUAAUGAUGAUGAUGGUGAUUAUAUACCCUCUGAGCAAGAGAGUGAUGAAGAAACAUUAAAAAAACUUUCUCCAUCUAUUGAAGAUUUGUUAAACGAUUUUUAUCAUUAUCUUACAGGACCUGAUAGAGCUAGAAAAAGUAGAUCUAUUGAAAGGGUUAAAAAUGACGUUAAAAGGAUUUUUUUGGCUGUUGGUUUAACAAAUUCAAUAAAAUUAUUGUUUGAAAAUGACACAGAUGUCAUAAGAAAAAACUAUCUUCAAGUAUAUUGUGUAAACAGAAAGUUAGAAGCUGGUUCAAUUAAAACAUACUUAAACUCUUUAAAAGAUUUUUGUUCAUAUCUUAUAAAAUCAAAGUAUCGUGAAUUUGACCUGUCUUUUGAAACUAUAUUUCAAACUAUUUUAAAUAUUGAAAAUUGGAGAAAAAAUUACCGUGCUAAAGACAGUAUAAGAAAACAUAAAAGAGCUGAAGAUGACCUUUUAAUGCUUGUUACCCCUGAACAGGUAAAGAAAUAUGAGCAGAGCAAAAAUGCAUCAACUGCAAAAAAAUUACUUGAGGAUUUGAAAAACAAUCCGAAUAAAGAAUUGACUAUGUUUGAUUAUUGUUGUUAUAGGGACCAUGUCUUUUUUAUUAUACACUUUGCCAGUGCCCAUAGAUCAGGUGUAACAGCAAAUAUGACUAUGGAAGAAUUUUUUAAAAUGAAAGUUUUUAAAGAUGGUAUGAAAAUGAUAAAUGUAUGGGAUCAUAAAACUGUUUCAACUUAUGGUCCAGCAAGAGUGACUUUAAAUUCUAUUGAAUUUGAAUGGAUUGAAGUUUUUGUGAAUCAUGUUAGAACAAAAUUACCUGCUAUUCAUUCAGAUAAAGUAUUUUUAUCAUGGUCUGGGAAAGAAAUGUCUUCUGGGGAUAUAAGUGGAAGAUUACAUUCGCUUUGGGUGAAAGCUGGUAAUUUUGAUGGGCGCUUUGUACCCAAAAAGCUCUCUGCUAACAUUGUCAGAAAAACAACUUCCACAUUAGUUCGUAAUAGCGAGUUUUAUAAAGAUAGAGGUGUUGUGGCUGACUCAAUGAUGCACAGUGAACUAACUGCUGCCACUCAUUAUCAUACCAGAAGUCAAGAGCUUAAUGCAAUUACUGGUGGCAAUAUUGUGCGCAAAAAUUUUUGUCGUUCCCCACUAACUAAAACAGACGAAGUUGAUAAAAGUAGUUUAACUGAGGAAAAAAAUGAUCAGCUUCUUACGUCAGAGAACCUCUUAAGUAAAAAUGAUUUUAGUUUUUCUUUGAUGAACACUCCUAAAAAAAUCUGGAGUAAGGAAGAAACAAGUUCUUUAAAUUUAUUAUUUCCUGAUAAUAAAUCUCAAAAUAUAUCGUAUAACCAAGUAAAAUCAAUGCUUGCCAAAUCUCCUUCAAUUAACAGUUCACCUAGACAAGUUUAUGACAAGCUGAAAAGAAUGAAAAGAAAGUAUCUGGAAGAUAUGCCAGAAGAAUCAAAGGUCAAGAAAAAUUUGCAGUUUGAACGCAAAACUUGGUCUUCUGAACAGAUAAAUGAGUUAAAAGUUAAUGGAAAAGAAUUAAUUUUGGGAGGACCUUUAUCACGAAGCCGAAUUUUAAGUGUUCUAAAAAACUCUAAAUUAUUAAAAGAUUUCACCAUCACACAGUUGAGAACACGAAUUAAUCAUGAACGAAAUUAAACUUAGCUGUUUCUUGACUAUAACUUAUAAAUAAACAGUUAUUAUUUUUUUAUUUUUAAGUAUUUAAAUAAACAUUCCAGCUUUGUUAUUUCUUAUAUUAGGUUCCUUUUUUCAAUAUUAAGCUUAACUUUUAUGAUUACUAACGUGUGGCUUGGGAAUGUUUCCAUAAGGCCAUUUCCUUAUUUAAAUACACCACUAUGGAGAAAUAGUUGAAUCAGUUUUUACAACCAGAUGUCUUUCAUGGCAUUAACCUGUUAUGAUGAUCAGGACUAAGUAUUUUUAAUGUGAUACACUAGGUAUAUUAUCAUACAAGGUUUGCAAGUUCCUCCAACUUUUCCCCACAAAUAAAUCAAGGGGUUUUAUAUCAUAGCUUUCUUUGUCCUAGAAAAGUUGUCUUUGCCACAGUUAAAGAGCUUUACCUGCCAUAAUCAAGUAUCAGUUUAACUUCAUUACCAGAACAAGGAUUGAUUCAUAUAUAUUAAAUGUUAUCUUGCUUACAUUCAAUCACUAACAAUAUGAUAAAAUUUGAAAAAGUAGUUUUUACAAAAAUGGGCAGAAUUUUUAAAUCAUCAUAAAUAGAGACAAUUUAAACUUAGAUUAAGGUUUAUUACUCUGUUAAUUUGAAACUAAUGACAAAUUCUCUUAAAUUAUUUCAAUCGAAAAAGAUAAUUUUCUAAAAAAAAGGAA